AUGGCCAGGCUGGCAUGCCUUCCCACUGUAGACCGACUUCAUCACAGACAUCAUGUUAAUCUCGCUCUCCAUCUCGUUCCCGUGGGCCAUCUUAGUCACCGUGGCAAGUCCCAUUAUGCAUACACGUCUAGAAGACAAUGGCUAACGCUCCAUCAACAGGUAUGGGCAUUUGGACAAGACGCCCCGAGCCCCGGCGCGCCCAUCCCAGGCUACGGCAUCUUCAUCCCCCGCUGGGAGAUCCCUUCCACCGACGGCAGCGGCAAGAUGCUCUCCCUCCGAGGCACAGUCGAAGAGGUGGCCGCCCAGGUCCUCGACAUGCACCCGACCUUUGACAUUGACGACCAGUUUGGCAAGGUUGCGAUGCCAGCUAUCGGGAAAAGGGCCACCUUUGAGGAUAAAGACCAGACGCUAUGCAACAAUUUCAGGGAGGGCAAUAGGACGGCCGCGCAUCUCAGUAUCGAUUAUCUGAGGACGAUUCAGGGGAAGCCUGAGAAUGGGGCCGGACCUGCAAAUUGCGGACGGGUUAGUUGUCGGAAUAGUACGGGUAUCUGGUGGUGCAACGAUGCCAAAAGCUCCAAGCAGAUCGAUUCGUUUGGCGACAUUGCCGACGGCGCCCAGCGCGUCUUGUCAAAGUGUAAGGACAAGUUGGAUGCCAACCAAGGACAAGGCAUGACUGUUAGCGGGCAGACUUUCCACAUGGACGAUUGGAAUGUCGUUGUCAGAGGCGGAGACAACUGCGACGACGCUGGUGUCAAUAUGAAUCCCAAAGGCUCUCGGAGAUUUUUCAAAGCGUAA